UUCAAUGGAAACAUCAUCAUAUUAAAUACAAUCCAACAACCCGUCACGCCAGCGAGUCCAGUGGUGAGGUUAGAUACACCAGCUAUAAAUAGUCCGCAGCUUCUUCCAUCUCUAGAUUCUAGAAUUAGGUAUCAUACUUAAUUUCUUAGCUUCUUACUCUCCCAAUAUAGUAAGAAGUAGAACUUUGCAGCUUUAAAAUGAAAGUGCGCAACAAUUCCUCAAGGGAAAGACCAUUUUAGUGACUGGUGCUACGGGCUUCUUAGCAAAAGUUUUUGUGGAAAAGUCGUUAAGGACUCAACCUGAUUUGAAGAAAUUGUAUCUUCUUCUAAGAGCUUCUGACUCUGAUAAAGCUGCACAGCGCUUGCAUGAUGAUGUACAUAAAUUCAUUAAUUUAAUGGCUAAUUCAUUCUUCAAUUUAUAAAUUACAUGCAUAUCUACUUAAUUACAUGCUUUGUUUUUCUUUCCUUCUUAUAUUUAAUAUGGCUAGAUUAUGGGGAAGGACUUGUUCAAGGUUCUUCGAGAUAGGUUGGGUGCAGAUUUUGAUUCUUUCAUAUCAGAAAAGGUGGAAGCUAUUGUUGGCGAUGUUUCACUCGUGAACUUGGGACUUAAUGAUGAAAAUAUUGGAGAUAAAAUCACGGAAGAAGUAGAUUUUAUAGUGAGCUCAGCUGCGACUACUAUGUUUGAUGAAAGAUUUGAUGUUGCAAUGAAAAUCAACACACUGGGCGCUUUGCAUGUUUUAAACUUUGCGAAGAGUUGUCCUAAUUUACAAGCUCUUCUCCAUGUGUCCACAGCAUAUGUACGCGGUGAAGCUUACAAUGAGAAGGUGAUUAAAGAAGAACCAUUAAAGAUGGGUCAGACAAUAAAAGGGAACUCAAAAUUAGAUAUUGAAUCAGAAAAAGAAAUGAUGGAGAAAAGAAUGAAUGAGCUUGAAGCAGAUAAUGUUGGCGGAGAGGCCUUGACUUCUGCAAUGAGAGAUUAUGGAAUUGAGAGGGCAAACUUGUAUGGGUGGCCAAACACUUACGUAUUCACAAAGGCAAUGGGAGAGAUGAUUCUGUCAACUUAUAAAGACAAUGUGCCCUUAAUCAUCAUACGUCCUUCCAUAAUAACAAGUACCAUCAAAGAACCCUUUCCCGGAUGGAUUGAAGCUUUCAGAACAGUUGACAGUGUGAUUGGUAGCGAUGGUAAAGGAACAAUAUCAAACUUUCUAGGCGAUCCUAAGACAAUAGUGGCUAUGAUACCUGUGGACAUGGUGACAAAUUGCAUGGUGGCAGCAAUGGUGACCCAUUCCUUUAAUAAAGAUUCUUCAGGGAAUUUCAUCUACCAUGUUUGUUCUUCUUCCAGAAAUCCUCUCAGAUUAUUAAAUGUUAGUGAAUUCUCAAAUCUUUUCUUCUCAAAACACCCACUGACCAGCAAAAAUGGAGAACCAAUAAUGACGUCCAAGUUAAGAUUUGCAACAAAUCUGGAUUUUCAGACACACCUGAUGAUCCGAUAUGUGUUACCACUAAAGGUGUUAAAUUUGGGGAACAAGGCGUUUUUCCAGAUCUUCAAUGAUUGGUACAGUGUCAAUGAAAAAAAGGUCCAAUUGACGAUAAGAAUGGCUAAAAUUUACGAGCCCUAUGCGUUCUUCAAAGCCGUGUUUGAUGUCACAAACACAGAAAACUUAUACAUGGCAACGAAGAUGAGGAAUGUUGAAUUCGACCCCAAGAGCAUUGAUUGGACAGACUAUAUGAUGAAUGUUCAUAUUCCUGGCCUCAUCAAGUUUGUAAUUAAGUUAUCUCCCAAAUUAUAGAAAUAUUGGUCAGAAUAUAAGAACAUUAUAUGUACUGAAGUUUAAUUUAUUACCAGUGAGUGUCGUGUGGUAUGAGUGGAAUAUAAUAAAUGAAUGCCAACAGACUAACACGCACAUAUAUGUUCUUUUGCCAAUUCAAUUUUAGUUAUGUGUGUGUAAUUAUAGGAGAUGGUUAUGCAAUUGAUUUGUGCAUAA